GAACGUCAAUCAUCCUGUCUGCAGCCAAUUCCAGCACAAUAAGCGGAAAUCAAAGAAAAUUGAAUCAAAUAGGAGUUUCUGUGAAAGUUUGAGGAGAACAACAAUGGAAGUUUUACAGAACUCCCCUUCGGCCAGCUCCUUCACUCCCCUCGCCGAACAUCAAUCACGCACCCCUCAAUCCUUCUAUGGUGGUCCUCCAGUACUGCAUUACCAUAGCUCACGAUGCAAAGUGGUCAUUUUAGAAAGUGAUAUUAGCGCAUCUCCAGCAUUGAAUACCCUCCGCGGUGGAGCGCCUGUUGCUAAUGGAUCAUCGGAGGUUGCGCCUGAACCGCAAGAAGGAAAAGAAAUCGUAAUUGAUGGGGUUGAUGUUUUUGUAACAUCUGACAAAUUCCUCCUCUACCGCACAGAAGCAAAUUCCGGCAUAGCUUUACCUUAUCCGCUCAUCUCUCUCCAUGCAAUUCAACGACUCCGUCUGCCUGACACACCCGAGAAUGAACAGGAAGGGCAAGGCCUGUACAUGCAAAUUGCUAAACCUACGCCUGCGGACGGAACAGGCGCAGAGGAAGACGAAGAAGAAGACAGUAUCACGCUGACCAUUGUCCCCCCAUCCGUGACGGAAGCUGCUAGUUCUGCACUUGGCUCAUAUUCAGCGGGUACAGAGAUGACCGGCCUUGUGGCAGAGGAAAUGGCAGCUGAACAAGGAAAUGCAGAGGCGAAACCUGAAGAAACCGCAACACAGGCUCUUUACGCAGCCGUAUCUGCCUGCUCAAAUCUACAUCCGGAUCCUGUCGCGCCCGGCGAAGAAGGAGAUGAUGACUAUUAUGGCAACUACGAAGAUUCUACUGAGCAACCGGGGGUUGGUGGGAUAUUGCAAGCUGCCGGAUUGAUCGUACCGGGUGCUUCUGAUGGUGGCUUACCACCUCCGGUAGAUGGUAGUUCGGGUUGGAUUACCGCUGAAAAUAUGCAUGAGUAUUUUGAUGAGGAGGGCAAUUGGAUAGCUGAUGGAGAGCCUCCUGCUUCUAUGACUUUGCCGGGCUUGGGCCCCGGCGCUGGCAAUGUGCAUGGUAGGAAUGAUGGGGAUCAGGUCGAAAACGGUGAUGGUGCCGGAGAAAAGAAUGGGGAUGGAGAGACGAAAUGGCGGAGGACGGACUGAAGCAAGACUCUUUGCGGUCAUAUAGAUAGGCAAUAGUAA